AUGUCGCGUCGCAGGGGAGCGACGGGGGGCGCCGCGGACGCGCACCACCUGGCUGCGGCGGUGCUCGAGAGCGUGGACCUGUGCCCGCGCGUCCUCCGCCAUCUCGACGGGCGUGACGUCGAGAACCUCCUCCUCAUAAACAAGGCCGUCCUGCGCACGAUUCGCGCGGGGGCCGAGCACGACGCGCUGCGCAUCACCCCCAGGCUGCUCCGGGCCUUCAGCUGCCUGGGCGCGGACGCGUUGCGAGGCAUGGACGCCUGCGCCACGACGUGCCAGUGGAAGCUCGUCCUCUCCGCGGCCACCGCGAAGGAGCUCGUCGCCAUGCACGACCGCGGCGACCCAGCGCUGGCAGGACUUCGCUGGGUGGCCUCGUGCCGCACCGCUGCGGACCGAGAGGCCGCGUGGAGCCGCCCGAAAAGCGGCCACAUGGCGGCGCUGUGGGACUGCGACUGGAACCCGAACGUGCCGCCCGGGCGCCCUGCCGCGGACCGCAUCGCCCAGGAGCGCGCGGCCGCGGGCGUCGCCGGAGCGCAGCUGGCGCGCGCGCUCGAGUUGGUCUUCACGCACGCGGGCGCGAACCUCACGUAUCUCGACGUCGACUGCGUGCCGCCGCUGCUCGCACGGAUACACGACACGUGCUUGCGGGCGCCGGCGGGGGCGGCGACGGCCCUGUCGGGCCUGCGCAACUUGACGCUGCGGUUCUGGGAGCCGCACGGGCGCGCGCCGUGGCUGAUGCCGCACAACAAGCUCUUCGGCGCCACGAUCCUCGAAGUGCGCAACAUGAUCAUGGUCUGCAACGCCCUCGAGAGCCUCACCAUCGGCGCCGCGGACCCCCCCGACCCGGCCGCCGCGGGCGACCCCGCGGACGACGCGCCGUACGACAUCUCGACGUUCGCCGCCAUCUCGCCGCUGCCCAACUGCCAGAUCCCGUGCGACAAGCUCGUCGGCCUCGUCACGGCCGCGCAGGGCAUCCCCACGCUGCGCCGCCUCGAGCUCGGCAGCUUCUGCCAAGACCCCUCCCUGUUGCAAGUCGUGGAGUGCAUGCCGGCGCUCAAGGACCUCAAGGUCGACCUCAUGGAGCCCGUGCGGCCGAGCGACCUCAUGCGGCUCACGGGCCUGACGUCGCUGAAGGCGACCGGGGCGUUUCUCACGGCGAGCAUCGAGCAUGUGGUGCUUGAGGACGACGCGGUGGCGGUCGAGGGCGGCGGGCCGCCGGACCUGAGCGGUCUGGGGAGCUUGACGCAGCUGCAGCAGCUGCACCUGUUUUCGCAGGACGUGGUUCCGGGCGGCUCCAUGUCGUUCGUCACCGCGCUCACCCGCCUGACUCAGUUCUGCGCCGGGUCCGUCGACGAGCACGUCUUCCGCCCCGUGGCCGCCGUCACAGGCCUGCGCAACCUCCACCUCACCGUCAUGAGCGACAUCUGGCAGGACGUCUCCGCCAUCACGGCCCUCACCAACCUCCGCUACCUCGCAGUCCAGUACGUCCCGCUCCCGGAACUCCCCCGCCUCGCGUUCCUCAAGACGAUGACGGCGAUCGAGUCCCUGGACAUCCACACCCGCGCGCCGGGGGCCAACCCGGGCGACCUCGACGACGAGGGCGCGCCGCUCCCGGCCCCGGACGCGCACCAGGGCGCCGUGUCCCUCGCGCCCGUGAUGCCGCUGCCGCGCCUGCGCCACAUGGCGCUGGUGCACGACGGCAUGAAGGAGGCGGACGGCCCGGGGCGGGCGACGGUGCGCGUGCUGGGGCUCGAGGCGCUGCGGGACGCCCCGCGGCUGUGCAACCUGCACCUCGAGGGCGCGAUGGUGGACGCCGCGACGGUGGGGGUGUUGGCGACCCUGACGCAGCUGCGGUGCUUGGAGCUCAACAGGAUCAACAUGCCGGACGUGAGCGUGGCGCUGGCGUGCCGGGCGUUCACGUGGCCGAAGCUGCGCGCGUUCUGCUUCCGGCACGGGUGCACGGUGCAGUCGAUGGCGUCGACGGGGUCCCCGUCGUCGGGCGCGGUGUUCGAGACGAUUCAGGCCGAGGUGCGGCGGCAGGGCGUGCGGGACGACCCGGACAAGGUGUACAUGGACCUCAUCGGGAACAAGUGGGGGCCGUUCUGA